AUGACCAUCACGUGUGCCCUGGCUCCUAACCUUCUGGGCUUCAUGGUGUGUCGUCUGCUGGCCGGCACGGCUGGCAGUGUGCCAUUAUCCAUCGGAGCAGGAUCGCUCGCGGAUAUGAUUCCCUCAAAGAACCGCGGGUUGGCAAUGGGUGCUCGGUCCUGUGCUUGGACCCGUGACAGCGCCCAUAGGUGCGUAUCUCCUGACGCCUGGAGCAUACUGACAGAUACAGCGGGCGGAUAUUUGGUAGUCUCAAAGGCCUUUGAUGCAGGCGCCAACGGUUACUGUCGAGGAGAAGGGUCCUGGGAUGUCUAUACGACGUUCGACGAGGUUUCCGAGAAGAAGCUAGUGAACGACAUCCUAGUCUUUCACCCUGUCACAGGUGAACUGUUUGCCAUGGUCAUGGGCGCCACCUUUCAUAGUGUCGCUAUGAAGUCACUCGUCGCCAUGCUGGCGAAUCUCAAUACGCCUGGUGUGAGUCUGGCGAAUACUCAACCUGCGACAAAUGGAACAAAGGGGGUGAAGAACAGCCAAACUUUGAAUUCCGUACACACCAAUCUUCAUUCCACAAAUAACCGGGAUAGUGGUAGCAUUGUUGGUAUUGAACAGAACCUGGAUUGGAUUCUUAGUGUACUACGGCAACUACUCAGCUCAGCGACUGAGAUUCCUGUUAACGAGAUUGCACCAACCACUUAUCUGGCAAACAUUGGGAUCGACGCGCUCAUGAGUACGGAAGUCUUGAGCGAUAUAAGGCGACAGUUUCAUGUUGAUAUUCCGAUCUCCGAAUUCAUCGCUCUUGACACGGUUCUCGCCAUCUCGAAGUUCCCGCAGCAUGCAUUUGAGCACACUCUACUCGCAUCCACGGGUUCCAAAUUCGCCGAAUGUCUUACCCGGAAAGCCGACCUACUGGAGAUAUUCUUUGGCAGUAUCAAAUCUAGAGCCUUGCUGGAAAACGUCUACACCAACGCCCCUAUGUUCGCCGCUGGCUCAGAUACGCUGUGGCGCAUAUACCACCCCUACUUUCAUCAUUCACGGCACAGAAGACGAUCUUAUUCCCUGGAAACAGGCAGUGAGAACUUUUGA